AUGCUUACUCCUCUUACACUCUUUUUGCUAGGUUCUUGUCCUCUUCUUGCUCGUACUGCUGCUGCUGCCGCCUCCGCAUCACCACCACCUUCAAGCCAGCCUUCAUCAUGUUGGGAUUUCCACAAUUUCACCUCGUUGGUGACUUUUGGUGAUAGCUAUACGGAUGAUUCUCGAUGGGGAUAUAUUGGUUCGCAUAAUGGGUCAAUGCCUCCUGUGGGCUUUGAGAACCCAGGGAAUUACCACUCCGCAAGCGGCGGAAGACCUUGGCCUCAAUACGUCAAACAAUACACGGCCAGCAACUCCCCCUCCAACCCCAAUGGCAUCAAUCUCUACAACUACGCCGUCUCAGGCGCCGUAUGCUCCAACACCCUCACCCCACGAUCCGUCACCGUCCCUCUCAACAAAACCAUCCUCUACCCUUCUGUCCAAGAAUACGAACUCCCCGCUUUCCUCACCGAUCACCUCCACACCACGACCAUCGACCCAACCUCCACCAUCUACGCCCUCUGGAUCGGAACCAACGACCUCGGCGCCAACGCCUUUCUCACCGACUCCCAAGUCCCCGGCAAAACUAUCGUCGACUACACGAAUUGUGUGCUGGAAAUUUUCCAUCAGCUAUACUAUCGUGCCGGUGCGAGAUAUUUCGUUUUGAUGAAUGUUGCUCCUUUGCAGUUGGCUCCGUUGUAUUCUGCGACCAGGGAGAGUGGACUUGUCGAUGAUGGGUUGGAGAGAGAGUGGGCGGGUUCGCCGGAGAAUUUGACGAGGGUUGCUGGGAGGUUGGGAGAGGAGGUGGGGUUGGUGAAUCGGAUUUGGGAGUUGGAGAUGGGAGGGGUGAAGAAGAAGGGAGAGAAGGGGAGGGGGUUGGAGGAGGGGAAGUUUGCUGUUAUGGAUAUUUAUGGGUUGAUCUCCGACAUCUAUCAUAAUCCAACCUCUUACCUCAACGGCACCACCGCUCCCCUCGAUGUUCAAGGUUAUAAUCGCCAUUGCAACGCCACUGGAGGAAAUUGUCAGACAAGUUCUAGUCCGGAUAGCUUUUUGUGGUUUGAUGCUUUGCAUCCGAGUGAGCAGACGGAUCGCGUGAUUGCGAGAGAGUUUGUUGAGGUUGUUAAGGGGACUAGUCGGUGGGCGAGUUAUUGGUAG